AUGAAUUUUUUAAGUUUCCUAUUUUUAUUGUGUUGUAUUUAUCAUCCCGGUCACGGUGUCGGUCUUCACGGAUUUCAUUUCCACGGUUUGGAAGAACCGCAAUCUCUCAAUAAAGCGAUUCAGGAAAAUAUUACCGAAGCAUGGAUCCAGCAGCCCUUAGAUCAUUUCAAUCCCCGAGACAACCGUACUUGGUCGAUGCGUUAUCUUGAAAAUUCAAGAUUUUUCAAAAAAAAUGGGCCAAUAUUGAUCAUGAUCGGAGGAGAAUGGGCAAUAUCUAAGGGCUUCUUAGAGGCUGGUUUAAUGUACGAGCUUGCAUCUAAUCACAACGCGAGCAUGUAUUACACCGAGCAUCGUUAUUACGGCAAAAGUAAACCGACCAACGACACUAGUUCGAGAAACUUGCAGUAUCUAAGCGUCGAUCAGGCACUUGCCGAUCUAGCGUAUUUUAUCAAAACGAAAAAGAAGGACGAAAAUCGGCGAAAUAGUACCGUAAUUGUUUUUGGCGGAUCUUACGCUGGAAACGUGGCCUCUUGGGCUAGGCUCAAGUAUCCUCAUCUGAUUCAGGGUGCAUUAGCCAGCAGCGCUCCGGUUCUCGCAAAACUCGAUUUUAAUGAGUAUUACGAAAUCGUGACCGAAUCACUUCGUAAAUACAGUGAAAAAUGUGUCGACGAAAUAAAAACCGCGUUCGACGAAGUCGAGGAAUUAUUACACGUCGAGAAUGGCCCGCAAAGACUGAAACAAUAUUUCAAUUUAUGCGACGUGCCAAAUGUAAAAUCUUUCAACGACCUGGGACACUUUGGUAAUCUUUUAGCGGAGAGCUUCGCUAGUGUAGUUCAAUACGAUAAAGUGGAAAAUGGCCGAAGAAAGAUCGCCUCUUGCUGCGAGAACAUGACCGCUACGUAUUUGGGUAGCCCCCUUCAGAGAUUGGCGCAUUUCGUGUCAAGAAAAGACAAAUGUUUGAAAAACAAUUACGAAAAGUUCGUGACGCUUUACAGGAAUGAAACGUGGGACGCUCAAUCUGAUAUAGUGAGACAGUGGUACUACCAGACGUGCACGGAAUACGGUUAUUACCAAACAACGAAUUCAACGAAAUCAAUUUUUGGAUCCUUAUUUCCGUUGCUAUAUUUUACAAAUAUUUGCCAAGAUUUAUACGGCGAAUACUACAAUGGCGAUUUCUUAAAUAGCAGAAUUAAAAGAACAAAUAUAAUGUAUGGAGGAUUACGACCAGACUUGAGAAAUGUAAUAUUUACAAACGGAGAUAUUGAUCCGUGGCAUGCACUAUCCGUUCUUCAAGAUUUAAAUACAUUUUCUCCGGCUGUGCUUAUUAAAGGAUCGUCUCAUUGUCGCGAUUUGUACAGCGAUUCAGAUACAGAUGUCGAGGAUCUGACUCGAGCCAGAGUGAAAAUACGUGAAAUAAUUGCAAGUUGGAUCUCUUCUUAAACUUGUCGUCGUCCGAUUUCCACUUAGAAAAAUAAAAGAAAUAUUAAUAUAAGUGUAAGAAAA